AGUUUCCCUCAUCUCAGGGUUAACAAACUCAGAGUUUUCACUAAACCUGCUUUCUGAAAUGGACCCCAGGUUUAAAUUUGCAGGUAAUCUUUCAAACAUUUGAAUAACAUAAUGAAAAUAAAAAAAAUGGCCUUUUAAUAAGAGUCUUUAAUUUUGUCGAUAGUCUGUUUUGUGAUCACUUUCUGUCUGCUUCAUCAAUCCACUGUCUGUAGUUCUUUAAAUGUCUGUUACUGUUCGUGGGACAGCUUCUCGUGACAAGUGCACCCUAUAGAUGUGUGUAGCAGUCCUGGUGACUGUCACCAUACAUCUAAGUGGAAUACUUGAUGAGUCACUUCUGCGUUCCAGAUAGAAUCCCGCUGGGAUAGGAAUGGAUCUUCAAAAUUGGUUCUCACUCUGUCCAUAAGACCUGACCUGUUUUAUACAAUUUGACCGGUUGAGGAGUGAUGUCUUCAGGGUUGACUGCGUUGUGUCUCUUGUUUCUGCACACUGGAGCUCUGGGGUUUAAGAUAACGCCAGGAAAGUCUUUGAAUCACCUGGAAAUCACAGAGAGGGCGAUUUUAGAUGUCACCGUGCAGGUGUGCCGCGCUCUGGCCCAAGCUGAGGGGACAGACUUUACUUUUCCUGCACAACCUUACACUGCAGAGGCUGUUGCUGUAGCCUGCGGCACGCCAAAGUCGACCAAGAGUUUCCGACAAGCAAUUACAUUCAUCACACUAAUGAAUAUACGGGUGGACAUCCGUCAUGCCCUUAAUGCAAGCUUCCAUUUUGAUAAAGAAAUGUUUGUUCAAGGAAGAAAAAUCAUCACUGAGGGAAUACUGGCAGUCAAAGCAAGCAACAAGCAAGCAAACUUUGAGGCGGCGAGGCAGAAAGUGGGAGAGAUUUUACAUCCUUUACAGGACUUCUACAGUCAUAGUAACUGGGUGGAGCUGGGGAACAAACUCCCAAACUCCAAUCUGAUCAGAUCAGACACCAGCAUUGGUAACAUAGCAGAUGAAAGUAGGGCAACGUGUCGCAACUGUGAUGGAGACUGCAGGAACAACAUCUUGGAGGACAUCAUACAGGAGAGGGUACUGACCUCUGGAUACUUUGGUGUUGUGUCCUCAACCAAACCAAAAGGAAAAUGCAGUCAUGGAGGAGCAAUUGAUCAAACAAGCACCAUCGAACCUAAAGGUGGGAUCAACAAAGACUCUUUCGAAGCCAGCCACGGACACCUCCACAUGACAGCAGCAGACAUGGCGAUAGCUGCAACCAGUGAGCUACUAGAGGACAUUCGUGGGGCUGCUGGUGACAGACCAUUUCUCCAGAUGAUGGGGAUAUUUAAAGGAUCCAGUAAAGCUCUUUGUUUUGUGAUUGACACCACAAAAAGCAUGAGUGAUGACAUUGAAGCAGUGAAGACCGUCACUUCCUCUAUAAUCAACAGUGAAGUGGGAACAGAGAAUGAGCCCUCAGUUUACAUUCUUGUACCUUUCAAUGAUCCAGAUUUUGGGCCACUGAUAAAGACUGCAGACCCAAAAGUCUUUAAGACUGUCAUUAAUUCACUACCAGCAACCGGUGGAGGAGAUGAGGAGGAACUGAGUCUUUCAGGGCUUCAGUUGGCUUUAUCCAGCGCUCCUCCUAAUUCUGAGAUCUUCCUCUUCACGGAUGCACCUGCUAAAGACAGACAAAUGAAAAACACUGUGAUCGCACUCAUAGAGCGGACCCAAACAGUGGUGAACUUUAUGAUUUCAGACUCAACGACGCUCAAUCGUAGGAGACGAAGUGAAGACAACCAGAAACUACACAGGAUAGCAGAAUCAGAUGCCCAGCUGUACAGAGACCUGGCUCAGGCUUCAGGAGGUCUGGCUAUUGAAGUCACAAAGAGUGAACUUCCUGUGGCAACCAGCAUCAUAACAGAUUCCUCCAGCUCCUCUCUGGUGACCCUUUUGCAGGCAACGAGGAACCCAGGAAAGACAGAUACGUUCUAUUUCAUUGUUGAUGAAACAGUAAUAAACCUUACAGUUUACAUCACUGGGAGCUCUGUCCAUUUCACUCUCAUCAGCCCCAAAGGUGAAUCUCAGCAAAGCACCGACACAACAGGACCAUUAAUCACUGCAUCCCAGUCAGUAGGAAACUUCAAGACUCUGCGGCUAAAAAAAGAAGUUGGCCUGUGGGAAAUGAAAAUGGUUUCAACUAAUUCCUACACUCUCAAGGCCAUAGGUCAGAGUCCUAUUGACUUCGUGUUUGGCUUUGUGGAGGCAACGCAAGGCACGUUCACAGGAUAUGAUGCCCUUGACACACGUCCCAGAGCUGGUGUUAACAUUAGCUUGUUGGUGUCUUUAACGGGGAGUGACUCCGCCACGGUGACAGAAGUCACUCUGGUUGAAUCGUCGGGGUCAGAGGAGAUUAACGGAGUUGUGGAGCCACAGGGGAGCGGAAACUUCUUAGUUCAUGUUGACAGGAUACCGUCAUUGGAGUUUGUGGUGCGGGUGAAGGGGCAGGAUUACAGCGUUACCCCCAGAGUUCCAUCAAUAGUCUUCCAAAGGCAGUCAUCCAUCAACUUCAGAGCCUCUAAUGUGACUAUUACUGCUGGUUCAAAUAGCAUCUUGGUACCAGGAACACCAUUCUCUGUGCCCUUUUCUGUGAUGACUAAUGGAGUAGGAGGAAACUUUACCAUCCGAGCCACCACAAACCAGCGUUUUGACAUAACAUCUCCAACCAGUUUGUUCGUGGAAACUGGAAACAGUGCUAACAAUACAGUGACCCUCUCAGCACCUCUUAACACCCCGUCUGGUACUGACGUCACCCUGACCAUUGAGGCCGAGGCACCAGGGGGAGAAGAUACAAACUAUGUCGUACUGCGUUUCUCCGUCGUUAACAUGGUGACUGACUUCACUCCACCGGUGUGUCAGCUUCUCAGCCUGCAGUCUAACUGCUCUAAAAACUGCUCUAAUAACUGCUCUAAUAACUGCAGCUUAUCAAUGUGGGAGCUCUCUGUUCGUGUGACUGAUGGAGCUGAAGGGACGGGCGUUGACCGCGUUAGCCUCAGACAGGGCAACGGGACCUUGAACACCAGCCUGGCUGCUGGCAACGAGAACAUAACGCUAGUUUCCUACAGUUCGUCUUGCUGUUCGCCUAAUAUGGAGAUGUUGGUUGUGGAUCGAGUGGGUAAUGUCGGAACCUGUUUCUACACUUCCUCUGUGUCCAUCAGUGUAAUUCAGUUGCCUCUUCUUUGUCUAAGCAUAGUACUAUCAGGGCUCCAUGUACUGACAUAACUGGGCAUCCAGUGACUCAGUGUCAAAGUUGCAAAUAGUUAAAGCUGCAUUGAUCUGUUUUGUAUAUCAACAUUGAAUCAAUUGACUGUGUGCACUGUGAAAAGGGUCACCUGUAGUG